ACGGCGCCCAGGACGAAACCCUCGCCCCAACUCCAUUCCGCUUAUCACCCGCUACCACCAAACCGCCCUUGCCCCGAGCCAGGGCGCCGCCUCACCACCGCCGCCUCCGGUCAGGACGCUCCGGUCGGAGACUCGCACGAAGGCAUGUCCGCCGCCGCCCCUGCCCUCCUGCACCAUCACGGCACCCUGCAGUUUAUUAGCUGCCUGGAUGGACAUGUUGACUACUAAGUUACCAAUCUUUAUUCUAUCCCGGGGUUUCAGGCAGAGCAACCUUACCUGUGUAUCAUGGAGAUUGCAGAUUCCCCCCAGGAGCUUAUUUCAUGAGUGCAUCACCUAUGUUGGGCCCAAUUAGGGUAUCUUUGGUAUGUAAUGCUAGCCCCAACAACCAUAGGCCAAGAAAUUCGGAUAUAUUACGACAACAAAAAGGGGGUUCUUCUAGGGGCAAAAGCAAGCCGUACCAAGAUAAAGAUGGUUCUGAGAACAUCGAUGAAUUCGAUAAUGAUAUCAUGUUCUCCAAAAAUGGACCACCAAUCUCUUUGGCGAGCAACUCCCGUCCUCAAGCAACAUCAGCUCCAGGGGACAGAGAGAAGGAUAUGGUGGAGCUAUUUAAAAGGGUUCAAGCGCAACUGCGAGCGAGGGGGAAAAGCAGGGAAGACAAGAAGCCUGAACCUGCAAAAAUGCAGGGUGAGAGGGGCAGUGUUGAUUCCCUUCUUAAGUUGCUUAGGAAACACUCUGUGGACCAAAGAAGGAAGAGUAGUGAUGACAAAGAACAUAAUUUUGAUCAAACAAAGAGAAGCAAUGAUUCUGGAAACAGACAAAGCUCAACCAUCUUCGGCCUAAAAAAUGACACUCAGGAAGAGCAGAAGAAGCAACCUCCUCCAUCCUUCAAAAGGCCACCCUCAAAUUUCAGGCGAAGAUCUCCAGUUCCUGGAGUAAGAUUCCAGCCUGUUAUCGAUGCCGAUAAAGACACUGAUGCCAAAUCUAUCGCCAAUAAUGUCACUGAUGCUGUACAGACAGCCAAUACAACUCUAGAUGAGAGGACUGCUACAGAUGAACCUGACACAAUUUCUCUAUAUGAACCUGAUUCUGUAAUACCACCAGAAAAUAUAUCUUUGGAUGACUUUGAUGUUAUUUCAGAUGAUGAAUCCGUCACUGAUGAACAUAAUGAGGAGUAUCUCGAACCUUCUUUGGGAAAUUCAGAUAUUACAGAUAGUGAUGAAUCACAUGAUGAUAGUGCUGCAAGUUCUGAUCUAAGCUCUUUGAAGGUUGCGGAACUAAGAGGACUUGCAAAGUCUCGAGGAAUCAAAGGUUACUCAAAGAUGAAAAAAAAUGAGUUGGUUGAAGUUUUGAGAAGCACGGCUUGAUACGGUGGUGGCAACAGUCAACCUGAGUUUCUGUUUUUUUACUUCAAUCUGUCUUGGGCACGUGCACCACCUUUCAGUUUCUAUAUCUCUUGAGAUCUAGGCCCUUUAGAUAGAAAAUUGUAAAUGAGCAAGGUUAACUUCGUUUUGGUCUGUGUUAAUCUUAUGCUGGCCCCUUUUGAACCCUUGUAUGUUAGUUAAUCUGUGUUGAGUGGAGUAAGCUAGCUGAGACAUUUGUUUUUGCAUCAAUGCAAUGUUUUUGCAGAGUUGAA